UCAGUUUGGAGAGAGGAGCGGCUGUAUACAAGUAACUUUACAGCGUCGGCCCGCUUCUUGCGCAGCGGAGGUCACUGGAUAAGUAUAUGGUUUCCAGAGGGAUUUUCGCCCCGGUCGUCAUGGUGUACCGCUUUUAAAUCUACGGUCGAUGACACCUGCGUUUUUUUUGUCUUGAAGUUUCGCCGAACGCGAACAGUUGGGUCGGCAUUCCCUUUUCUCCAGAGUCCAGACCCGCACCGUUUUUCAGAGAGGGAGAGACGGUCCCCGUUUGUCCUACCCGCUGUCAUUACGCGUAGCUCAACAUGCGAACUAUUCUCUAGCCAGGUCAAACAUACACUUCCUACUUUUCCCGGUGUUGUUGUUUAUCUGGAACUUCGGGGAACCAAUAAUUAUAUUUGCGAAUCGGUGUGAUUUGAACUAGAAAGAUACUGCGUUCAGCACCGUUGGAUUUAAUGUAUUGUAUGCAUGCGGUGAACAUGAGUUUAGGAUGGAUCUUCGUAGCCGCUUUGGCUGGAAUUCUCACCGCUACUCCAGGAAUACAAGGAGCAUGUCUCUAUCAGGGAUCUCUGUUCGCGAACAACACCUUGUGGAGACCAGACUCCUGUCAGGAGUGUCAAUGCUUCAGUGACAUCACCGUCUGUCAACUUGCUACCUGCCUCAACCCACACUGUGACUACCAGAGGGGAGAGCAGUUGAGGAUCCCUCCCAACCAGUGUUGUCCAGAGUGCCUGCCCUCCUCCCAGGGCUCAUGUCAGCAUGAUGAAGCUGUUUAUGGGCAUGACAGUCAGUGGAGUGCCUCCCAGUGCCAGGUGUGUGUGUGUUCUGAGGGUAGUGUAUCCUGUAGACAGAGACCCUGUCCUCCUCUCAGCUGCCCCCCAGACCAGACCGCCUUCACCCCCGCCGGAGACUGCUGUCCCAAGUGUGUCCGCAGUGGAGCAUCCUGUUCCUGGGGUGACCAUGAGUACAGGGAUGGGGAGGAGUGGAGGCCCAGCCCGUGCUCUAAGUGUGUGUGUUGGAACGGACGGCCUCAGUGCUUCACCGCAGAGUGUCAGCCUGUCGCCUGCAGACAGCAUGAGAGUCUGGUGAUCCAACCUGGACAGUGCUGUCCACAGUGUCUCCCCACUUCCUGCCUGUCUGCUGGGAGGGAGCACAAGCAUGGUGAGCAGUGGCAGAAGAGCGGCUGCACCAGGUGUGUGUGUGAUCGUGGCCAGUCUCGCUGUCACACACACACCUGUCCACCCAGGACCUGUGAGGAGGGCCAGACCAAAGUGAAGAGGGCGGGGCAGUGUUGUGACGACUGUGUUGCCGCCAAGGGCAGCUGCCUGUACGAGCUCACCGUCCGUCACCACGGUGACAUGUGGAACAGCACCGGUUGGUUCUGCACCUGUGAGAGAGGACAGGUCCUCUGCCAGAGAGCCCAGUGUGCCCGAGUAGAAUGCCCGACGGGUUCAGAGCUGGUCCACCUACCAGGGAAGUGUUGUCCUGAGUGUCAGUCCUUAAAGACCUCCUGUGUCUACCCAGACCCUGAUCUGUCCCUAGGGAACCCCCAGAGACCACUAGCGAACCAGGAGAGAUGGAAUGAGGGCCCCUGUAGGGAAUGUGAGUGUCGUGAAGGCAGGGUGACCUGCUACCUGAUGUCCUGUCCCACCUGCCCCCUGGGGACCCUGGCUGUGCCCCACCAGGGAACCUGCUGCCCUGAGUGUAAACAGGUCCAGUGCCAGAGUGACUGCCUGUCUUGCUCGGGGACCCCUGACCACUGUGAGAGAUGUAAGGACGCUACCGCUCUGCUUCUGGACGGACUCUGUGUGUCCACCUGUCCUCGCGGUUACUACGCCGAUGGAAAAGUGUGUGCAGCCUGCCAGUCAUCCUGUGCCACCUGUGAGAAUGACUUUGAGUGCUCGUCCUGUGGGGGGUCCUUGCUAUUAAACAACAGGCACUGCGUGGCCACCUGUGACCCGGGGUCCUACCAGGACCCCACUCAGUGCCUGCGUUGCCAUGCAUCCUGUUCAGUGUGUGUGGGGCCGAGCCAGCAGGACUGUGUGUUGUGUUCUGACCCGUCCCACCUGCUCAGAGAUGGACUCUGUGUCCCAGACUGUGGAUCAGGCUUCUACAUCCAACAAGGCACCUGUUAUGCGUGCGACUCAUCCUGCAUUACCUGUUACCCCGACAACCCCAACUGCAUGAGCUGCCCGGGUUCUGCUAUGCAUCAUGGGAAAUGUAUUUCCCACUGUCCGGAUCAGCAUUACCUUGACAGUCAUGGCCACUGCAGAGCCUGUCACAGCUCCUGCUGGUCCUGCUCCGGCUCCGCUGUGUCCCAGUGUUCCCUCUGCUCCCAGGGAUUGUCCUUCCACCAGGGCCAGUGUCUGGAGGUCUGCGGACAGGGGCUGUACCAUCAGGACGGGACCUGCCUCGACUGCCACCCGUCCUGUAGGACAUGUGUGGGUCCCCGGUCCUCUGACUGUCUGAGUUGUCUGAAACCAGAGGAGGCCCUGCAGCCACGGACCAGUCCGCCUCACACACCACGACCUCACGGAGUGUGUGUGGCCCAUUGCCCUGCCCCAUUCUACCUGGACACACUGCACACAUGCAGAGAAUGCCACACUUCCUGUUUACAGUGCACAGGAGGAAGUAGUCAGAACUGUACUUCCUGUUCCCCGCCCUACGUCCUCCAGGAAGGUCAGUGCGUCUCCAGAUGUCCCCCAGGACACACUGUCCAGGACAACACCUGCCAAGGGUGCCACCCGUCCUGCCAGGAGUGUUCAGGUACGUCCCAGGCUGACUGUGUGUCCUGCCCCCCCCUGGCCAACUUCAACAACGGCUACUGCUGGACCAGCUGUCCAGAUGGACUGUUCUUACACCCCCAAGGAUUCUGCCAGGAAUGCAGCAGUAAUUGCCAGCGCUGUGUGGCAGACCUCCAGACGGGCAUGGGCAGUGUGUGUCUGUGGUGUAAGAUUGCUAGGACCCUGUUGCUGGGAGACCACUGUGUCACCCACUGUCCCCAAGGUCACUACCCCUGGCAUGGAGCCUGUAAGAGAUGCCAUGUUUCCUGCGAGGGUUGCAGUGGGGAGUGGCCUCUGUCUUGUACUUCCUGUCCCACCCCCAGCGUUCUACUGACCUCAGGGCUCUGUGGCCCCGCCUGCCCCUUGGGUUACUAUGCCGACCGAGACAGACGCUGCAGAGCCUGUGACGGCCAGUGUCUGUCCUGUGAGCUGGGCGGCGUGUGUACGUCGUGCCGUGACCCGGGAAAGGUUCUGCUGUUUGGAGAGUGCCGGUAUGACAGCUGUGCUAUCCAGUACUACCUCAACACCACCACGCGCACCUGCAGAGAGUGUGACUGGAGCUGUAAUGAGUGUCAGGGUCCUCUGCAUACUGCCUGCCUGCAGUGUAUGGAGGGACAUGUUCUGCAGGACGGACUCUGUGUCCAGGGCUGCUCCUCAGGGUCCUACCAGGAUGGAGAGAGAUGCCUCAGUUGUGAUGAGCAGUGUGAGGGAUGCCAGGGCCCAGGUCUGUGUGGGCGGUGCCAGCCUCCCUAUGCCACCCUGCAGGGUCGCUGUGUGUUGGAGUGUGGAAGGAACUACUUUCUGGACUCCUCUCUACAGUUUUGUACAUCAUGUUCUGCUGACUGUGUGGAGUGUGAGGGGAUGGGUUGUUGCAACGUUUGUAGACAGGACACCUACCUAAGAGACGGAUACUGCACUCCAGACUGUGGACACGGAUUCUAUGCUGAUAAGAAGACAUGGACAUGCCAUGCUAACAGCCAGGCCCCAACCCUGCGUAUCAAUGGAUCUCUGUUGGUGCCCAUUGGGGGAACCAAACCCCUGGUCACCAGUCUAAUCUCUGCCCAGGACCAAGACAGCCCUCCAGAGAGCCUGGUGUUCCAGCUGCUACAGCCCCCCACGACAGGCUGUGUGGUUGUCCUGGAGGAGGGCAGGGAGACAGAGUUGGCCCGGGACGACACUUUCUCCUGGGCUCAGCUAGAGAGCGGACGGGUCCGCUUCACACAUAACAAGGACAAGGCCAGGAGUGGACAGUUCUCCCUGCGUGUGACUGACCCUCAGCUCUUCUCCCGACCAGAGAUGAUCCAGGUCCAGGCAGUGUCCAUGCAGGCCCCGCAGAUUCUUACCCUCAAUCCUUUGCUGGUGGACGGAGGAAAGACGUCGGUCAUCUCCAAGACCGUGCUUCAGAUUGACGACCCAGACAACCCUCAGGACGUCCUGGUCACGGUUUUGGACCCGCCCCAACAUGGCCGUCUGACCCGUCUCCACGGCGACCGGGCGCUGAGCCAAUUCAAGACGGAGGAGUUGUCCCGGGAACAGGUGCAGUACCUCCACGACGGGUCGCUGGGGAAACGGGACAGGAUACUGCUACAGGUCAACGAUGGACACAGCUACCAGAACAUUCUACUGCAGAUCAACAUCACUCAGAAGCUUACCAAUGCUCCUCGUGUUCUGUCGAUGCCCGUCACGUGGGUGAGAGAGGGAGGCAUGGUACGGUUGGGGAAGAGGUAUCUGAGGACAGAUUACCAGGGUGCCAGCGAUGACCAGAUCGUCUACACCAUAGUGCGCUCCAAAGGAAGCCCCAAAUAUGGUAAAGUGGUGUUGGUGCCCAUGCCAGCCGACGGCCCGGUGGAAGGCUGGCAGCCCUCGCCCGAUGACAGGAGCUCUACCCCAACCUCCUCCUUCACUCAGCGGGAUGUGAAUGAGGGCACUGUGUGGUACAAACACUUUGGCGCUGCCGGGGCCAGUGGGCCUCAGGGAGACACCUUACUGUUCCAGGUGACCAGUGAGGGUUCUCCAGACACGCUGAGUGAUGCUCAGACCUUCACCAUCGGAGUGAUGCCUGUACUCCCAGGGUUGCUGGCACCUGCCUGUGACCUACAGAUGACUGCUCUGGAAGAUCGUGUGACCGUGCUAACACCCACAGCUUUGUCCUUUGUGGACUCUGAGACUCCCAGUGAACAGCUGGUCUACAACAUCAUCAGGCCCCUACCUCAGAAACAAGGUUCUGUGGAACAUCGUGACAGACCCUACAACUCAGUGUCCUUCUUCACCCAAGCUGACAUCAACCAGGGCCGGAUCCUGUACCGCCCUCCGCAGGCCCCCUCUCACCUCCAGGAGCUCUACCAGUACUCCUUCACUGGUCUCCCAAAAUCGCUGAAUAUCUAUUUCACAGUGUCAGAUGGGGAACACACGACUCCAGAGAUGAGUUUUUCCAUCCACCUGUUGGCCAGCCACCAGCAGCCCCCCAUCUUCCAGAUCAUAGAGACUGUUCUGGAGGUCAGCAUGGGGGGGAGAACCCCUAUAGGUGGGCAGCAGCUGGCAGUAACGGAUGCAGACACAGAGUCUGAUGACUUGAGGUUUGAGAUGGUGGAAGGACCGAUCCGUGGAACACUGGUCAAGAUGGAGUUGGACUCAAGGACUGAGAUGAUGAAUGGUGACAUGUUUUCCUUCAGUGAUGUGACCCACAACGUUCUGCAGUAUGAACAUUCUGGACUCUCAACUGACGAGGACGCCAUCACCUUCGCUGUUACAGAAGGAAUCUCCAUGACGACGGCGGUGGUGCAGGUGGUUGUGCUGGGCGUCGGGGGCGACGGGCCCAGGAGAGACCCAGAGGCCCUGCUGUCCAUGGAGGUUCCUGAGAACAGCAGUAGUGUCAUCAGACGCACUCACCUGGGCUAUAUGAGCGACACCUCUCCAGAUGAGAAGAUACGUAUUCAGCUGAGGUCAGUUCCUAUGUACGGCAUCCUGACCAGGACCGGGUCAGACUCAGAGCACCAGGACAUGACAGAGUACUCCUCUUUCACUGUGGACGACAUCAACAAACACAGGAUCAGGUACAUCACUUCCUUUGAGACAGGAAACCAACCAGUGACAGACAUCUUCCAUUUCAUUGUUUACGACGGUGAAAACAGUCGCCUUGACAACCAGAUGUGCACCAUCACCAUCACCUCAAAGAGGACACAGCCUCCAGUGGUCACUGUGCGCAGUGGCAUCAAGGUCCAGGGAGGAGGACGAGUCCAGCUGUCAACCAAUCACAUCGAUGUAUCAGAUCUGGACACACCCAUCAAGGAUCUGCUGGUUUGGAUGAUCAGCACACCCAAAUAUGGCUUCAUUGAGAACACAAUAGGAAGAGUGGGCUUGAUGGGCGGCUCAAAUACCCUGAUCAUCAGUCCAGAGGUUCCCUUCUCCGUUGACGACCUGACCACUGACCACAUCUUCUACGUUCAGAACGUCCAGAACACGGACCACCACUACCAGGACACCUUCUCCUUCUACAUCAGUGAUGGGUCCAGUCAGACAGAGGCCUUCAAUGUCAAAAUAGACAUACAGCAGAGUAAAGAGGAGAAGGGCCCAGUGGUGUCAGUGGACAGGGUCCGGGUGGAGGAAAACUCAGGAGUGGUCAUCACUAACUCCUCGCUCAACGUCUUGGACCAGGACACACCAGACAACGACAUCAUCAUCACCAUCGCCAAGCCACCUACCUACGGCAAGCUGCGUAGACGCCAGUUCUACUCCCAGCCUCUGGAGAACGGUCCGGUUCUGUCUCAGGGUUCCACGUUCACCUACCAGGACGUGUUGGAUCUGCUUCUGGUAUACACCCCUGACGUGGCCAGUGGGGGCAGUGACGAGCUAGCCUUCUCCCUGACCGACGGCAUCCACACCAGCGCCGGGCGGCUCACCUUCACCAUCGACGUCAAGAAGACUGAAGGACCAAGGAUGACAGCAUCUAAGAUCGCUGAGCAGAACCUGAAGGGAUCAGAUUCAGACAGCCUGAAGCUGAGGUACAUCCUGAUCAAAGAUCCUCCAGUAGGAAGACGACAGCUUUCUAAAGGAGGAGGACAGGACGCGGUGGCUGUUAAAGGACCUCUCAAGAGCUUCACACAGGAGGAGGUCAACAAAGAGGACCACCUGCCUCCCUCUGUGGUAGUGAAUAAGGGUCUGGUGUUGGAUGAGAACUCAGUGAAGAAGCUGACUACUCUCCAGCUGUCAACUACAGACCAGGACAGUGAGCCUGGAGAACUGGUGUACCGCAUCACCAAGCAGACUGCACUGGGACACCUGGAGCACGCCAGAACCCCAGGAAGCCGAAUUACUUCCUUCUCCCAGGCUGACCUGGCUUCACGUAGCAUCCAGUACGUUCACACCAGCGAAGAAGAGAAGCACACAGACGAGUUCUCAUUCAUAGUAUCUGACGGGGCUCAUGAGGUUGGCCAGACGUUCUCCAUCACCAUCCGGCCGGUGGAUGACUCCCUCCCCCUGCUGGUGGUUCCUGGGAUGAGGGUUCAGGAUGGCGUCAGGAAGACCAUCACUGAGUUUGAACUGAAAGCUACUGACGCUGACACAGAGGUGUUGACUGCUGCACCCCAGAUGUUUAAGAUCGACAUUCUACCUGUUGAUGAUGGAACACCUCGUAUCGUCAUAAAUCUGGGUCUGCAGUGGCUGGAGUACACAGACAACAAGGCCACCAACCUGAUCAGUAAGAAGGAGCUGUUGACCAUGGACCCAGACACCGAUGAUGGUCAGCUGGUCUAUGAGGUCACUGCAGAGCCUAAACACGGCUUCCUGGAGAGCAAACUGAAACCUGGCGCUCCCAUCACCACCUUCACACAAGCUGACGUUAACCUGGGCUUGAUCCGCUACGUGCUCUUUGAAGAGAGCGUGACAGAGACCGUGGACAACUUUAAGUUCCUGGUGAAGGACGGCAAGCCCAACGUUGUCUCUGAUAACCUGUUCCAUAUCCAGUGGUCCCUCGUCAGCUUCCAACACAGGAGCUACAAUGUGAGUGAGAAGGCUGGCACGGUGUCAGUCACAGUGAAGAGGACGGGUAACCUGAACCAGUAUGCCAUCGUGCUGUGUCAUACGGAGCAGGGCACUGCCACCUCUACCUCCAGUGUGGGCUCUCUCCCUGGACAGCACGACUACGUGGAGUACGCUGGACAGGUCCAGUUCGACGAGCGGGAGGACACCAAGGUGUGUACCGUAGAGAUCCAGGACGACAAGGUGUUUGAAGGUGUGGAGAGUUUCCAGAUGGAGCUGAGCAUGCCCGUCUACGCCCUCCUGGGUCAGGUGACCCGCGCCAGCGUCAACAUCAACGACACAGAGGAUGAACCCACGCUGCAGUUUGACAAGAAGACCUACCACGUCAACGAGAGUACCGGGUUCAUACACGCCCCCAUAGAGAGGAAAGGUGACACCAGCAGUACGGUCUCGGCUCUCUGUUACACGGUCCCUAAGUCAGCUAAGGGAAGCAGUCCACACGGCCUGGAGUCUGGCUCUGACUAUAAGACUCGAGGUAUGACUGGCGACAGCAGGGUCAUCUUCGGCCCCGGCGUCUCCGUGUCCACCUGCGACGUCAAGCUCAUCGACGACAGCGAAUACGAACUCUCCGAGGAGUUUGAGCUCCACCUGUCGGACGCCUCGGAUAACACCCGCAUGGGCGAUGUCAGCGUGGCGAAGGUGGUUAUCGACGGGCCAAAUGAUGCUUCGACGGUAUCCCUGGGAAACGCUACGUUUACGUUCAGCGAGGACGCCGGCACCAUAGAGAUCCCAGUGAUGCGUCAGGGCAGUGACCUGUCGUCAGUGAUCUCUGUGUGGUGCGCCACGCGCCCCUCUGACCCCCCCUCCGCCACCCCCGGGGUCGACUACAUCCCCUCCUCCAGGAAGGUGGAGUUCAAAGCCGGAAAGACUGUGGAGACGUGCAGUCUGACCAUCAUGGAUGACAUCCAGAACCCAGCCAUAGAGGGGGCUGAGUCCUUUGUUGUGUUCCUCUCCUCCCCUCAGGGAGCCGUCCUCCUGGAGCCUUUCCAAGCCUCCGUGGUCGUCACGGAUACCUUGGACCUUCCCAGCAUGCAGUUUGAGAAGACGGCGUACAAGGUGACGGAGAAGGAGGGCGUGCUGGACAUCCCUGUCGUGAGAACGGGAGACCUGACGGUUAAGUCCUCUGUCCGCUGCUUCACGCACACCAUGUCUGCCAUGGUGAUGGACGACUUUGAGGAGAGGAGGAACGCAGACGACUCACGCAUCUCCUUCCUCCAGGGAGAGAAGGUAAAGAACUGCACGGUGCACAUUAACGACGACUCUGUGUUCGAGCCUGAGGAGGAGUUCCAGGUGCAUCUUGGGAUGCCGCUUGGGGACCAAUGGAGUGGAGCCAUGGUGGGAGUUAGGGACAUUGUCACGGUAACCAUCACUAACGACGAGGACGCCCCCACCAUAGAGUUUGAGCAGACGUCGUACCAGGUGAGGGAGCCUCCCGGGCCAGACGGCAUCGAGGUGCUUCACAUCAAGGUGGUCAGGACAGGAGACCAGGAGCGCACCUCCAAGGUCCGCUGUAGUACCCGGGACGGAUCAGCCCAGUCCGGAGUGGACUACAACCCCAAGAGCAGAGUACUCAAGUUCACCCCUGGCAUGGACCACAUCCUGUUCAAUGUGGAGAUUCUGUCCAAUGAGGACAGAGAGUGGCACGAGUCCUUCUCGUUGGUCCUCGGCCCUGACGACCCAGUGGAGGCGGUGCUUGGAGAGAUCACCACGGCAACAGUCACCAUCCUGGACCAGGAAGCUGUGGGGAGUCUCAUCCUACCGGCCACGCCCAUUGUGGUUUCUCUGUCAGACUAUGAUAACGUGGCUGAGGUGUCCAGGGAGGGCGGUAAGAAGCAGCCGUCGCCUGGUUACCCCCUGGUGUGUGUGACGCCCUGUGACCCCCACUACCCCAAAUACUCUGUGAUGAGGGAGCUCUGCGACGAGGCAGGCAUCAACCAGACCUCUGUUCACUUCUCCUGGGAGGUGGCUGCCCCUACAGACACCAACGGGGCCAGGUCACCCUUCGAGACCGUCACUGAUACCACACCCUAUACUGGUGUUAACCAUAUGGUCCUGGACAGUAUCUAUUUCUCUCGGCGGUUCCAUGUACGCUGUGUGGCUCAGGCCCGGGACAAGUCCGGCCAUCUUGGAACACCCCUGAGGAGUAACAUAGCAACCAUCAGCACCGAGUGUUCCAUCUGCCACACCCCCAUCACCACGGGAACCGCCAGAGCGUUCCAGGCCCAGUCGUUCAUCGCCACGCUGAAGUACCUGGACGUCAAACACAAGAGGCAUCCGAACCGUAUCCACAUCUCGGUGCAGAUCCCCCACCAGGACGGUAUGCUGCCCCUAGUGUCCAGCAUGCCCCUCCACAACCUGCACUUCCUGCUGUCAGAGUCCAUCUUCAGACAACAGCACGUCUGUUCAAACCUGGUCACUCUCAAAGACCUGCAGGGUGUCUCCGAGACGGGUUUCCUGGAUGAUGUCCAGUAUGACAGUAUCUCUCUGGGUCCGGGUUAUGACAGACCCUACCAGUUCAACCCCGGUGUCCGAGAGGCUCAGAGCAUCCAGCUGUAUAAACACCUCAACCUGAGGAGCUGCAUCUGGACCUUCGAUGCCUACUACGACAUGACGGAACUCAUCGAUGUCUGCGGAGGCUCAGUCACUGCCGACUUCCAGGUGAGGGACUCGGCCCAGUCGUUCCUGACGGUGCAGGUUCCUCUCUACUUGUCGUAUAUCUACGUAACAUCUCCCAGGGGCUGGGCUUCACUGGAACACCACACUGAAAUGGAGUUCUCUUUCUUCUACGACACCGUGCUCUGGAGGACAGGCAUCCAGACAGACAGCGUUCUGUCAGCCAGACUCCAGAUCAUCAGGAUCUCCAUAAGAGAAGAUGGCCGUCUGGUCAUCGAGUUCAAAACACACGCCAAGUUCAGGGGCCAGUUUGUCCCAGAACACCACACUCUGCCUGGCCACAAGUCCCACCUGAUGGUCCCAGACCACCUGGGGGGGAUAGAGUUCGACAUGCAGCUCAUCUGGAGCGCCCAGUCCUUUGAUUCUCCCUACCAGCUCUGGAAAGCCACCUCCUCUUACAGCAGGAAGGACUACUCUGGUGAGUACACUGUGUUUCUGAUCCCCUGUACCGUGCAGCCCACCCAGUCCUGGACCGACCCUGGAGACAAGCCUCUGUCCUGCACUGCCCACGCCCCAGAGAAGUUCCAGUUACCUAUAGCCUUCCAGCAGACCAACCGGCCCGUUCCAGUGGUAUACUCCCUCAACACUGAGUUUCAGCUGUGCAACAACGAGAAGGUGUUCAUGAUGGACCCGGCCAUCUCUGACAUAUCCAUGGCUGAGAUGGACUACAAGGGAGCCUUCUCUAUGGGCCAGACGCUGUACGGCAGAGUGCUGUGGAACCCAGAGCAGAACCUGAACUCAGCCUUCAAGCUGCAGCUGGAGAAGGUGUACCUGUGUACGGGACGUGAUGGAUACGUGCCUUUCUUCGACCCCACGGGGACUCUGUACAACGAGGGCCCUCAGUACGGCUGCAUCCAGACCAACAAACAGCUCAAACACAGGCUCCUGAUUCUGGAUCGGAAACAGCCUGAAGUCUGUGACAGGUUCUUCCAUGAUGUUCCCUUCGAGGCCAACUUUGCGUCGGAUAUCACCGAACUACAGACCAUGACAACCAUGCCGGGUGUUGAUGGUUUUACCAUGAAGGUUGAUGCCCUGUACAAGGUGGAGGCGGGACAUCAGUGGUACCUGCAGGUGAUCUAUGUGAUUGGUCCAAAGUCCAUCUCCGGCCCCAGGAUCCAGCGUUAUCUGACCCAUCAGCUUGCACACAGCAGCGACAUGGGGCGGUCUCGCAGGGGCCUGACCAAUCAGCUGAGGCAAAACAUCGACUACAGCCGCGCUCGCCGGGACCUGGUGGACCAAAGCGGGCAUCUCACCCUCGACGAGUCUCUGAUCUAUGAUAACGAGGGCGACCAGACGAAGAAUGGAACCAACAUGAAGAUUCUCCGACUCGAGGUCCCCGCUGCCUCCACCUUUAUCCCCCAGACGGGAGGAUCUAUGGGCGGGGGUGUGGCUGCGCUGACCCUGCUGGUCCUCGUCCUGCUGGGUUCCUUUUUACUCUUCAGGAAGUGCCGACGGUCGGCUGGAAAGAAGCCGUCCAAGAUGGCGGAGGAGUACCCUCUGAACACCAAGGUAGAGGUCUAUCUAGAGAAGACCCUGGAGAAGAACUUCAGCUCUAAACACUGCACAGUCAGGAACAUCAACCUCAACAUCAACCGGAAUCACGACAACGUCAACUCCAAGGUCAACGGAGGGGCAAAGGUCAACGAAGCGGCGAAGGUCAAGCAGGUCAACCUGGAGGUCAAGCUCCACAACAACCUCGACAACGACGGCACUGAGGUCUGAGGAUCUCCUUCCUCCCUCCGGUGUUUCCCCUAGCUAGAUUAUUUUUCUAGACAGGGUGACAAAGGCCCCCCAAAAGUAAGACCCUGGUCCUCCUCCUCAACGUGUCAGUUUAUACCAGUAGAAGUAGCAGUUCUACACUCCACCUACUCAUAGGGGAAACAUUGUGAAAAAUAUCCUGAAAUUAAGGAGUAUUUAAUGACAAAUCUAAAAUAAAUCUGGUUUAGAGUUCUGGAAUAAUAUAUUGUUCGGUAAUGUUUUUUUAUACGACCUUGAUGUAAGAUUAAAAAAACAAAUGUAAGGCGUUUUUGACGGCCAGCUAUGCAGCAUUUAUUCAAAUCAUUUCACACCUGGGCUACCUCAGGAAUAGAGAAAUGAGUGAACUAUCGCAUUAAACAGGAUCCAGUUUUUCCUGAUAUUUAAAAAAUGAAUCGUCAUCUUUGAAUGACGACCAUAGACUCCGGAAUCAGUCUGCUGCCUUGUUUUUCAACAACAACGCCAAAAUGAUCAACGUACGCUAUACUUAGCUCAGGGACUUUUUCUGCAGAUUGUCUUGAAUAGUUUAAAUAGUUCAGAUAUAUCUCUGCUUGAUAAUUUCAUUGCCACAAUUGCUAUGAAAGUAUUGAACACACUAAUGCCCUUUAUCCUAAAUCCACUUUCAUUCAUCACGCUGUCAAUUCAUAGACAGAAUGUUAGGAUUCAGACCUACGGUGAGUUGUGAUCUGUUGUCCACAACUGAAAUAGUAGUGUGUUUAUUAUAUUCACUGAGUGUAGAGAACAUUAGGGAACACCUUCCUAAUGAGUGUCACCCCCUUUUGCCCUCAAUAUGUUGGGGAAUGGAUUCUUCAAGCUUUCAAAAGCAGUGAUGCUGGACCACGGGGAUGCUGGACCACAGGGAUGGUGGACCACAGGGAUGGUGGACCACGGGGAUGGUGGACCACGGGGAUGGUGGACCACAGGGAUGGUGGACCACAGGGAUGGUGGGCAACAGGGAUGGUGGGCAACAGGGAUGGUGGACCACAGGGAUGGUGGACCACAGGGAUGGUGGGCAACAGGGAUAGUGGACCACAGGGAUGGUGGACCAGGGGGAUGGUGGACCACAGGGAUGCAGGACCACAGGGAUGCUGGACCCUGGAUGUUCUUUGAGUGGUGGACCCAAAGGGUGGUGGACCAUUCUUGAUACACACGGGAAACUGUUGAGCGUCUAAAACCCAGCAGCGUUGCAGUUCUUGACACAAACCGGUCUGGUCUGGCACCUAUAUUACCAUCCCCUGUUCAAAGGCACUUAAAUAUUUUGUCUUGCCCAUUCAUCCUCUGAAUAGCACACAUACACUAUCAAUGUCUCAACUGUCUCAAGACUUAAGUAUGCUCCUCCCCUUUCAUCUACACUGAUUGAAGUGGAUAUAACAUCAGUGACAUCAACCUGGUCAGUCUAUAUCAUGGAAAGAGCAGGUGUUCCUAAUGUUUUGUAUGCACAGUGUAUAUUCAAGUGCAAUUACUACAACAUGAACACACUCUCUCUCUCUCUCUCUCUCUCUCUCUCUCAAUUCAAUUCAAUUCAAUACAAGGGGCUAUAUUGGCAUGGGAAACAUGUCCCUCUCUCUCUGUCUCUCUCUCUUUCUCUCUCUCUCUCUCUCUCUCUCUCUCUCUCUCUCUCUCUCUCUCUCUCUCUCUCUCUCUCUCUCUCUCUCUCUCUCUUUCUCUCUCUCUCUGCAAGCAGGAAGAGGAAGCUACUUUAGAUUAGUUAGAUGUACCGGUUAGUUUCAGAUGUCUCUUACCUGAUCCUGUGUUUGUUGAUGUGGUCCAUGGUGACAGAGGAAUUCUCUCUAAGCAGUCGGUCACUCUGUCUCUGUCUCUCUCUCUCUGUGUCUCUCUCUCUGUCUCUGUCCCUCUCUCUCUCUGUCUCUCUCUCUCUUUCUAUGUCUCUCUCUCACUCUCACUCUCUCUCUCUCUCUGUCUCUCUUUCUCUCUCUCUCUCUCUCUGUCUCUCUCUCUCUGUCUCACUUACUCUUUCUCUCUCUCUCUCUCUCUCUCUCUCUCUCUUUUCUAUAUAUAUCUCUCUCCCCUCUCCCUCUCCCUCUCUCUCUCUCUCUCCCUCUAUCUCUCUCUCUCUAUCUCUCUGUCUCUGUCUCUCUGUCUCUGUCUCUCUCUCUCUCUCUCUCUCUGUCAUAGAACGGUAUGCCUAUCAAAAAAAACAUUUGGAAGUUGGGGAGAUGACAUUACGUUUUUGGUGCUAUUAUUUGUGGAAAUUAUUCCAAUGCUAUUAAUAUGAUGCCUGUAUUUGGUGCCUUUUUAGUGAUUAAAAAAUUUGAAACAGUU